CGAAGAUGCUUCUCUCUCGCUUUCUGGCUCAUUCUGGUUUAUCAAGACAAUAGUGGAGUGAACUAAAGAAAUAAAUUCAUGAUAAUUUUCGACAUUUCUAUAAUUAAAACAAAAUUUGACAAAUUUGAAUCAAUUAAUAUUUUGUUUAUCUAAUAAAUAAAUCGUUAAAUCUCACAAAAUAAGUUUAUAGAUUAUUGGAGUCAUCGGUAGUGAUCACGAAUAAUGAGUAUUAUAAAAUACGUGUUGCAAUAGCAUUUUUCGUUUGUUGGAUGGUAGCAAUAAUCUCUCGGGAAACGCUAAGUUGGUGAGGUGGAAAGUGGUAGUUUUUAGUAGUGAAGAAAAUAAUUAAAAAAAAAAAAAAAAAGAACGUACUUACAGAAUAGAAGUGUAAACAGUGCAUUUAUCAGCAGCUGAUAUAAGGCCUGGUUGAGAAAUUGAUGCAGAUAAAUCAGGAUCUGUAAUCAGUGGACACUUCUGCUAUUGGAAUUGAAUUAAAUAUCACUGUUUGAUAUAAACUGAGUUGUUAAAGAUGGACAACACCCACGACGGAGAUAACUUGAAUCUGAGCAGCGGAGAAAAUGAUAUUGGGGAUGAAUUGAAGAUUGGAGCUGACGAGACUUAUGACACACGAAGCGAGGUAUCGUCGAGUUCCUCGGACUCAGACUCGAGCCAGCCCAGUAUCAGUUCUGUGUCCACAAAGUCUUCCCGGGGGGAUAAUAAACGGAACCGGCGAAGCCGAGGCAAGCGUAAGCACUCUAGAGAUUCCAAGUCGUCGAGUCCAGAGAGCAAACGCGCAAGAUCUAAGGAUAGUAAAGCAACUACCAAAAAUUAUGAUUAUAUUACUAAACUUAAUUACUUGUUUAGAGAUGCCAGAUUUUUUAUUAUAAAAUCUAAUAAUGCAGAGAAUGUUACUCUGUCUAAAGCUAAGGGAGUGUGGAGUACGCUACCACAGAAUGAAGCCAAUCUCAAUCAAGCUUACAAGGAAGCAAGAAAUGUUUUGUUGAUUUUUUCAGUUAAAGAAUCGGGUAAAUUUGCUGGUUUCGCGAGACUCAGUACUGAAUCUCGGAGAGAUUGUCCAUCAAUACAAUGGGUAUUACCACCAGGAUUGUCAGCAAAAGCCCUUGGCGGCGUAUUCGAAGUAGACUGGGUGUGCAGAAAAGAAUUACCAUUUACGUCGACUCUUCAUCUUUACAAUCCUUGGAAUGAUGGGAAACAAGUAAAAAUAGGCCGAGAUGGCCAGGAAAUAGAACCACGUAUCGCUGAAGAACUCUGCAGACUUUUUCCAGAAGACGAGGGCAUCGAAAUGACUCCGAUAUUACGCAAGGCUAAGGAAGCAGCUAAAAAUGUUGUUAAAUCGCCUCGUAGAAUCCGUAAUGGUCGUCCUGUGAUGACAACGCGGUUUUUACGUACUCGUGGAAAUGCCCGUGGCGGACGACGACUUUUUUUAACUUCAAGAUCACGUCUUGCUUCGCUCGCUAGAAGUGGAUAUGGCCCAGACCGAGGAGAUUACAAUCACCGCUAUCCGAACUGGUUCAAUCGUGACUCUCCUUAUUCUAAAGGAUACAGACCAUCAGGCUUAGGAAUGGCAGCAGCUGCUGAAGCAUACGUAGCAAAUUAUAUGAGAACAAUGCAACAUCAAUUGCCGCCGUUGCCACCAUACUCGAGUUCUCACCCUUACGAUGCUUUACCUCCACCACCUCCACCACCACCACCACCACGUUAUUACGAUGGUCUACCGCUUUACAACCCUCCAAGUUCGACUAUUGACAAACGCAGUUACGAACGCAGCGUCGAUGAAUUUUUGUGGAGAACAUCCAGCAGUCGUCAUCACAGUCGUCACAACGACCAUCGAUCAUCUCGUGAUCAUCAUCAUAGACAUCGAGAGCGUAGAUAAAUUCGUUACUAAUAACGCAUCUCCUACUGCUUAUUGUUUAAGUUAAUAUAUAAGAAUAAUAAUACUAAUAAUAACAAUAAUAACUAUGCUUGAUAAUAGAAUCAACCUGAUAUUUAUUAAAAAUCAGGUAUUAAUCUUAAGUUAAAUAUUAAAAUAUAAUUAGAAUUGUAAAAUUAUAAAUCC